UAUUAAAUAAUACUUUAAUCAACUUGAUAUGAAAAAUGAAAAUUGAUUGAAAGCAUGCUGAAAUUGUUUAAAUUCAGAAAUUGAAAGAGUACAAAAUUGGUUGAAAGAUUAAAUUAAGUAACAGGUAUGGUUGAGGGAUUAUUUAUAGCUCUAAUUAUAGUUAUUUCUUUUGAAUAGAGUUGUUAUCAGAUUCAAAGAUUGAAGAAGAUAAUUUUUCUUCACAUUUUAUUGAUGAACAGAAUAAAACAAAACAAAGUUCACAUUGUCAAAGAGUUUCAAGUUUUAAUAUGAGUAUUUUUGGUUUUUACACCACUGAAUGUUAAUGUGGAGGUCUUUUUUAUUAAUUUGUUUUUGUAUUAAAAUAGUUGUAUUAUUUUAAUACAAAAAAAGAUAGGUAUAAGAGAAUAGAAAUGGAUUAUUUAUAAUAUUGUGAUCCAAUAAAUCAUGUGUGUAGCAUUUUACCUUUAGUAGUUAAACAAAAUUCUUUAAUAUCGUAACCUUUUACAGGAUAAAGUUUUAGCUGUUUUAAAAAGUAGGUUUUCCAAAAUAUUAUGGCAACUUCUGCGAUGAAGUAAUAAAAAAAACUUACAUGUACUUUUGGAAUUUUAGUUUGAGUUACUCAAGCAUAAUUUGAAUUUUAAAGUUCUUAUUUCAUUGUUUUUGCUAUUUGGUUUUAUGAACUAAAUAUGUUAAUCAAUCUUUUUAUUCUUGUUUGUAGAGAUGCAAAAUGUUAUUCUCAACGAGCUUGCAGGAAUAAAAGUUCUUUUAAAAGAAGUUAUAGAAAUUAAGUUUCAGGCUACUGGGGUGAAGUUGCUAGAACCAGUAGAUGAAGUGGUUACACUGGAUAAUAAACUAAAAGAUAAAACCGAGUAUACUAAUUUGCUUGAUAGUUUGAAAAAGAUUGGUGGUGGAAAGCCUAGAGAACAUGUUUUUUUGAUCAUGAAAAGGUUAUUUUCGAAUCAGUUACAGUCCAAAUUUAAUCGAAAAGGAAAUGAGGAAAAGACAAGCUUAGAAAAUAUAGUAAAUAUAUAAAGUGUUUUACGAGAUAUCGGCGACGUGGAAGAAAAUGUUGACGGCAAUGCAGAAAUAUAGUUUCUUAUGUAUAUUUUUGUGAAACAAAAAUUAAGUAAUGUUAGUUAAAA